AUGGCCAUGAGCACGCGCUUCGCCACCUGCUCGGCGUGCUCGCUGCCCCAGGGCGUACUCGUGCAGGAGCCUCCCGAGCACCGACCGGAGCUUGCCGGCCUCCUCGACGUCGCCGGGGUCGGCAAGACUGCACGUCCACGGUGGGGAUGGCUCAUCGACUCGCCGUACGCCGACGGCGGCCUCAUCGACUUCAAGAAGACAGGCCGCGGCCGCGGCAGGGGCUUCCAGCUCCUCAGACGCCGCGGCGGGCACGAACAACAGCGGGCAACAACCCCGCGGGCGGCGGGUCCUACUCGGGCUGGGCAUCGCACGGCCACGGCGUGGAUGGCCGACGACGCCAGGAGCUCUAGGGAUGUGAAUAGUAGAGAAGCAAGCAGAGGCGUGGGUGAUCGGCCGGGUUCGGCCAAGAAGGCCCUCGUGUCCAGCGAAGAAUCCAGGGGUGCACCGGGAAAGGCGAGGAGUGGAGGAGGUGCGAGAAGGGAGAGGAGCACUAGUGUGGCACCUGCGAACUGGAUAGGCACCAGCAUUGGGUCGCGGAUCCGGUCAAGGUCGCGGAAGCAGGGCACAGUGCAGUACUCUGCUCGAGUGUCGUCCGAGGAUACAGGGGAGGACGAAGUGCAGGAGCAGAAGAAGAAGAGAGUGGAAGAUGUGGAGUCCAUGGAGGUAGAUGAUGAUGAUGAUGAUGACAACGAUGGGGAAGAUGUGGAGUCCAUGGAGGUAGAUGAUGAUGACGACGACAACAACAAUGGGGCUGGCAAUGGCAGGCAAGAGAGUGGGCAGGACGAGGCUUUGGAGGGAAGGAGCAGGCAGGAUAGCCAUGCUUUGAUUGAUAGUGAGGAGGAGGUGGGGGAAAAGGAAUUGUCGGAAGAGGAGGAAGGUGGCAAUCAAGAAGAAAGCACUAGCAUCUGCGAUGGCGAAGGAGAACAAGAAGAGGACGCGUCUGAAGAGAUUGAGCAGGAAAUGGAUGAAACAGGGGAGGAGGACGAACAGGAACUGGAUGGAACAGGAAAGGCGCAGCCAUUCACGCCUAGCAACACCAUUGCAGGUAGCAGUAUGAGGUCAGGAGGCGAUGACACGCGAGUCUUUAGGAGGAGGGUUUUUGAGGGCAUAUAUUUGCCUCAGAAGCCACGCAAGACUGUUGGCAAGGGCAUCGGAGGGCGGACGCGAUCACAGCGAAAAUGCAAGGACAAAAAACUGCUCAGACGUGGAACUUUCAGUAAACCCUACAAUAUUGAUAUUCCGGACUCGACUUCUGAUUCUGAAGAGGAUAAUGAACCACCAGCGCCACAACAAGGACUUCUGUCAUCAAGUGAGGAAGACAACAUAACUUUUGGCAAAAGGAAGCGCAGAAGAGCAAUAAAAAACAGACGGCUUAAGAGAUCGAGUACCAGUAGUGACGAGGAGUACAGAGUAUAUGCUAGGGACGCCAAAGAUAGGCCUUUUCGGAGGCUGAAGAAAGGGCUAUCAAUCUUCAGGCUGGCAAGGAAGGUUGCAGAAGCAGCUGGAAAUAGUUUGCCUUUGGUGUUCGCAUUCGGAGAUGAGGAUGCAGAAGAGAAUAUAGAAAAUGACAAGUAUCAAGAAGACCUGUGGAGGGAAUGCGACAUUGCUUUUGAAUCCAUGAAUAUUGGUUCCAACAUCUGUGAAGAGGAUGGGCAAGAAAUUCCUCCAGUGGAAGUUACUUUUUGCAAUAAUGGGCAGCAUGAAUUCAUUAUUGAUGAACAAAUAGGAGUUCGGUGCAAGCAUUGUCAUGUUGUCGAUCUCGAAAUCAGACAUGUACUGCCUGCUUUGGGGAAAUUUUCUGCAGAAAGGGAAUCAGCAAUCGACCCUGAGUUGGACAAGAUGCUUAAGGAAAUGCUCAAUGUUUUUGAACAAAAUGAUGUGCUGGUAUCAAAUGGACAUGAACUACCAUGCAAUUUUGGUGGUCACAAAGCUGGUUCAGUCUGGGAUCUCAUUCCUGGAGUCAAGGAAACUAUGUUCCCACACCAGCAGGAUGCAUUUGAGUUCUUGUGGACGAAGCUGGCAGGAGGUACUACAAUUGAACAGCUAAAGCAAAACGUAAAAUCUGAUGUUGGAGGUGGUUGUGUGAUUUCUCAUGCACCUGGGACGGGAAAGACGCGACUAGCAAUCACAUUUGUUCAAUCCUACCUUGAGGUUUUCCCACACUGUAGCCCGGUUAUCAUUGCUCCCAGGGGGAUGUUAGCGACAUGGGAGAAGGAGUUCAGGAAAUGGAAGGUAAAGCUCCCUUUUCAUGUACUGAAUUCCACUGAGAUCAGCUGGAGUGAAGACAAGACCAUCCAAGAACAGGUUGCGAAGAAUGGAACUUUUCAUCGAAGGCUACUGACAGAUAAAAUGGAUCAAAAUUAUAGACGAUUGGUGAAGUUAGGGUCCUGGAUGAAUGGAACCAGCAUAAUCGGUUUGAGCUACUCGCUUUUUAGGAAGCUAGCUAAUCAUGAAGGCAUGGACGGGGAUAAGGUGAGGAAGCUGCUGCUUGAGAAACCCGACUUGCUUGUCCUUGAUGAAGGGCACACGCCAAGGAACAAGAAGAGUCUUAUCUGGAAGGUUCUUAAAAGGGUCCGCACUGAAAAGCGAAUAAUUCUAUCGGGGACUCUAUUCCAAAACAACUUUGAGGAGCUCUAUAACACCUUGCGCCUUGUCAGGCCAAAGGAUGCAGAUACAGUGCAUCUAGAGACGGACGAGGGCAAAGAUUUCUGGUCUUCAUUAAGACUGAAUGACAUCACAAAGGCAAACAUAAAUGAAAAAGAAGUCAUCGCAAGUAUGGAGAAGGCUGUGGCAACGAUGGGUCUUGAUGCGGAAUACAAAAUCUCGAUUGCAUCAAUACAUCCCUCCCUCCUUGCCAGUGCAAAAUUGUCUGAAGAAGAGGAAUCUAUCUUGGACAUACCUAAGCUAAAGAGUUUACGUUCCUCUCCAUCUGAAGGGGUUAAGACGAGGUUUGUUUUGGAGAUUGUCCGUCUGUGUGAAGCGCUAAAUGAACGGGUUCUAGUGUUCAGCCAAUAUCUUGGACCAUUGUCCAUGAUCAUGGAGCAGCUGAAAGAAAAGUUCAAUUGGGCUGAAGGCAAAGAGAUCCUGCUAAUGAGUGGAAAUGUUCCUGUUAAAAAUCGCGAAACCAUGAUGGAGGUCUUCAAUAACAUGAAAAGCAAGGCCAAGGUAAUGCUUGCAUCAACGAAGGCAUGCUGUGAGGGUAUUACACUUAUCGGGGCAUCACGUGUGGUUCUACUUGAUGUUGUGUGGAACCCCUCUGUUGGAAGGCAAGCGAUUGGCCGAGCUUACAGAAUUGGUCAGGAAAAGAUUGUGUACACAUACAAUCUAAUUGCAGAAGGAACAACAGAGAAGAGCAAAUAUGACAGACAAGCUAAGAAGGAGCACAUGUCUAAAUUGCUCUUUUCAAAAGAACCGGAGCAUGGAGAAUGCAACUUGCCUCCAGAACUGACGUUCAAUGAUAGGGUUUUGGAAGAAAUGACUGCACGUGAAGACCUCAAAGAAUUGUUUGUAAAGAUUUAUGUUGACAAUCAAACUGAUGGGUUAGGUGGAGAGAUGGAGAAGAACAAUACAUGUCCACAGGCCUAA